CUGGCAUCAAAGGCCUACAACCCUACCAACAUCCACUCUCCUCGAUCCCUACCGACCUACCAUUCUUCCUAUACAUCCCCUCCAUAGUGAUCUGACAGCAUGACUUCAGACAUUCGAACACAGGGAAUCAAGAACCCAAUUGACGUCGCAGAAUACCUCUUCCGACGUCUACACGAAGUCGGCGUCCGAUCAAUCCACGGCUUGCCUGGAGAUUACAACCUCGUCGCCCUCGACUACAUUCCCAAAGUCGGUCUUCAUUGGGUUGGCAAUUGCAAUGAAUUGAACGCUGGUUACGCCGCCGAUGGAUACGCCCGUGUGAAGGGCAUCUCCGCCAUCGUGACUACUUUCGGUGUCGGAGAGCUCUCCGCUGUCAACGCCAUUGCAGGCGCCUACUCAGAAUACGUCCCCAUUGUGCACAUUGUCGGAACGCCCACAACGGCAGCCCAGAAGAAUGGCAUGCUCCUGCACCACACGCUCGGCAAUGGCGACUUCAACGUCUUUGCGAAGAUGUCCAAGGAGAUCUCCUGCGCCGUCGCCAUGCUCGACGACCCCUACGAAGCUGCCACUCUCAUCGACCACACCAUCAGCGAAUGCAUUCUCAAGUCACGACCAGUCUACAUCGCCCUUCCCACCGACAUUGUACAGAAGAAGGUUGACGGUGACCGACUCAAGACCCCCUUGGACCUAAGCUACCCACCGAACGAGGAAGAGCGGGAAGAUUACGUCGUGGAAGUCGUCCUCAAGUACCUCCAAGCCGCCCGCAACCCCGUGAUCCUCGUCGACGCAUGCUCCAUCCGCCACCGUGCCCUCGAAGAGACGCACGCCUUCAUCGAGAAGUCCGGUAUCCCCGUCUUCGUCGCGCCAAUGGGCAAGGGCGCAGUCGACGAGACCCUCCCCAACUACGGCGGCGUGUACGCUGGUGACGGCAGCAACGCAGGCGUUCGCGAGCGCGUCGAAUCCUCCGACCUCGUCCUCAGCAUCGGCGCCAUCAAAUCCGACUUCAACACCGCGGGCUUCACAUACCGCGUGUCUCAGCUCAACACUAUCGACUUCCAUUCCUACGGCAUCAAGGUCCGCUACUCAGAGUACCCAGGCGUCCGCAUGAACACCGUCCUCAGCAAGAUCACCGCCCGCCUCGGCCAGCUCAACAUCGAAUCCGGACCCAACCCCAACAACGUCAUCCCAGAGGCCGAGAUCAAGUCCCCAGAACCCACCAUCACGCAAGCCUGGUUCUGGCCCCGCCUCGGCCAGUGGCUCCAGAAGGACGACAUCGUCAUCACGGAGACGGGCACCGCCAACUUCGGCAUCUGGGAGACCCGCUUCCCUGCCAACGUGACCGCCAUCUCCCAGGUCCUCUGGGGCAGCAUCGGGUACGCGACAGGCGCAUGCCAGGGUGCCGCACUCGCAGCGAAGGACCUCGGACAGCUGACCUCGCGCCGCACGAUCCUCUUCACGGGCGACGGGUCGUUCCAGCUCACCGCGCAGGAACUCUCGACGAUGAUCCGCAACAAGCUCAACCCGAUCAUCUUCAUCAUCUGCAACAACGGGUACACGAUCGAGCGCUUCAUCCACGGCUGGGAGGACGCGUACAACGACAUCCAGGACUGGAAGUACAAGGACCUGCCUGCGGCGUUCGGCGCCGAGAAGGGAGAGGUCCUGACGUACCGCGUCAGCUCGAAGCAGGAGGUUGAGCAGUUGUUUGCGGAUAAGGAGUUUGCGAGCGCAGAGACGACGAGGUUGCGGUUCGUCGAGUUGGUCAUGCCGUGGGAUGAUGCGCCAAAGGCGCUCAUCGAGACGGCGCAGAGCGCCGCGAAGAGGAACGCUGAGGUCUCGUAGAUUGCGUCUUCUUUGUCUUACAUUCUUAUUUAGGUGUUUUUGAAUUAGCAGGCUACGGGUUGGGGUUACUAAUGUUUUUCUUCUUGUUUACUUUCGGAUUGGCUAGAAAAGAUUAGAUUGAUAGAUUGCGAGGGGGGGAUUGACGAAAGGAACGAACUACAUGAUCAAACAGAUAAAGAUGGAUGGAUGUGGAUGUGGAUGUUCGUCUUUCAUGGGGAUUGGAUAAUCUUUAGAGGUAAAUAUUUGAUGAUACUUCCCACGGGGCUUCGGACAAGAAACUUCGCAUACUAGACUAUCAAAAACAAUACAUUCAUAUCUACAUGAACUUUCUGUUAGCCAAGUCAAACAAAGCACAAGAGAUAUUAGUUACGGCAAUUUUUACGUCUCUUUACCUACUCAUAGCAAUGCAUUCUUGCUCUCGAAUCAUGCCCGUCCACAGGUCCAUCUCCAUAAAAAUAAAACAUAACGUCAAAUCCCA